ACUUCCUUCGUCUAGGUGGUUGCCCCAGCAACACGUCAGGCCGAAGAGCGGUGUUGGGUACCCGAGAGACCCGGCGGUAGGGAAGUCACUUCCUCUCGGAGACGCUGUUUCCUAGCAACCGCCCUCCGCCUCUGUUAUUAGCCCCUCCUCCUCGCUCGUUGCAGGACCGGCUCUGCGGGCGCAGCCAGGCCCAGGCCAAGCCACCAUCAGAAGUUGAAUUAUUCUAAUAAUUAGCUAUUUUAUAAAGGUAACGAGAAAAAAAUACACUAUGUCUGAUGAAGUUUUUAGCACCACUUUGGCAUAUACAAAGAGUCCCAAAGUUACCAAAAGAACUACUUUCCAGGAUGAGCUAAUAAGAGCAAUUACAGCUCGCUCAGCCAGACAAAGGAGUUCUGAAUACUCAGAUGACUUUGACAGUGAUGAGAUUGUUUCCUUAGGUGAUUUUUCUGACACUUCAGCAGAUGAAAAUUCAGUUAAUAAAAAAAUGAAUGACUUUCAUAUAUCAGAUGAUGAAGAAAAGAAUCCUUCAAAACUAUCUUUUUUGAAAACCAAGAAAUCAAAUGGUAACAUAACCAAAGAUGAGCCAGUGUGUGCCAUCAAAAAUGAUGAGGAAAUGGCACCUGAUGGGUGUGAAGACAUCGUUGUAAAAUCCUUCUCUGAAUCUCAAAAUAAGGACAAGGAAUUUGAAAAAGACAAAAUAAAAAUGAAACCUAAACCCAGAAUUCUUUCAAUUAAAAGCACAUCUUCAGCAGAAAACAACAGCCUUGACACAGAUGAUCACUUUAAACCAUCACCUCGGCCAAGGAGUAUGUUAAAAAAGAAUAGUCACAGAGAAGAGAAAGAUGGACUAGGAGAUAAAGAAACUGCCCUCUGUGAAGAAUUGGAGUUACAUUCUGCACCUUCUUCCUCUCCAAUACCGAAUGGCACACAAGUAGAAGCUGAGAAAAAAGCAUUCUGUGAAAACCUUGAUCCUGAGAAACAGGAUUCAUGCUUAACAAGUCUAUCAUCAUCACCACUUAAACAAAUUCUUGGAGAUUGUUUUUCACCAGGACCUGAGGGAAACAUGUCUGUAAAAGAUCCAAAUGAAGAAAUCACUGAAAACCAUAAUUCCUUGAAAUCAGAUGAAAAUAAAGAGAAUUCAUUUUCAGCAGACCAUGUGACUACUGCAUUUGAGAAAUCCAAGGAAAGUCAAGUGACUGCUGAUGACCUUGAAGAAGAAAAGGCAAAAGCAGAACUGAUUAUGGAUGUUGAUAGAACAGUAGAUCCACUACUAUCUAAAUCUCAGAGUAUCUUAACAUCUACCAGUGCAACAGCGUCUUCAAAGAAAACAAUUGAAGAUAGAAAUAUAAAGAAUAAAAAGUCAACAAAUAAUAGAGCAUCCAGUGCAUCUGCCAGAUUAAUGACCUCUGAGUUUUUGAAGAAAUCUAGUUCUAAAAGGAGAACUCCAUCGACAACUACCUCUUCUCACUAUUUAGGGACUUUAAAAGUCUUGGACCAAAAACCUUCACAGAAACAGAGCAUAGAACCUGAUAGAGCAGAUAACAUAAGGGCAGCUGUUUAUCAGGAGUGGUUAGAAAAGAAAAAUGUAUAUUUACAUGAAAUGCACAGAAUAAAAAGAAUUGAAAGUGAAAACUUAAGGAUCCAAAAUGAACAGAAAAGAGCUGCUAAAAGAGAAGAAGCAUUAGCAUCAUUUGAGGCCUGGAAGGCUAUGAAAGAAAAGGAAGCAAAGAAAAUAGCUGCCAAAAAGAGGCUUGAAGAAAAAAACAAGAAGAAAACUGAAGAAGAAAAUGCUGCGAGAAAAGGAGAAGCACUGCGGGCUUUUGAAAAAUGGAAAGAGAAAAAGAUGGAAUAUCUUAAAGAGAAAAAUAGAAAGGAGAGAGAAUAUGAAAGAGCAAAGAAACAGAAAGAGGAGGAAACUGUUGCUGAGAAAAAGAAAGAUAAUUUAACUGCUGUUGAGAAAUGGAAUGAGAAAAAGGAAGCUUUUUUCAAGCAAAAGGAAAAAGAAAAAAUAAAUGAGAAAAGAAAGGAAGAACUGAAAAGAGCUGAGAAAAAAGAUAAAGAUAAACAAGCUAUUGAUGAGUAUGAAAAAUGGCUGGAAAAUAAGGAAAGGCAAGAAAGAAUUGAACGAAAACAGAAGAAACUGCAUUCCUUUCUUGAAAGUGAGGCACUUCCUCCGUGGAGCCCUCCAAGCAGAACUGUGUUCGCAAAAGUGUUUUGA